GGUCUAACUUCCUUUAUCCGAACAAUAGCUCUAGUAAUUCACUCCUGUAACGGUACUUUGGAUUUGAAACGUACAAAUACUCGAUUACAGAUGAUGAGGUGACCUGCAAGCUGUCAGCAAUGGAGGACCUGUGGACCGUGGCCGUGGCUGUUUUCCAGCUGUGGAUAUUCGUAGUUGUGUUCUUCAUCACGCUGCCCGCCAUGUUCGGCCUCUCUCUGGGUGUCACCAGCGUCUACAUCCAGAUCCUGGUUAAACUCCUUGAGUGGGCCACGAUACGAAUCCAGAGAGGACGCGAGGAGCAGCCCAGCGUACCCGCACCGCUGCCCAAUGGGAUCAUCGAGCGAGCGGAGGGCUCGAUGGAGGAGGAGAUGGAGCAGUUGCGGCGUUCUCGGUCUCUGGAAGGCGGUGAGUUUGCUCUGAGUGACGCCUUGUAUUUCUGCAAGAAGGGCCUGGAGAGCAUCGUGGACGACCAGGUGACCCAGCGCUUCUCCUCUGAGGAGCUGGCCUCCUGGAACCUCCUGACCCGCACCAACCAGAACUUCCGCUACAUCAGCCUCCGCCUCACCAUCUUCUGGGGCAUCGGCGUGUUCGUGCGCUAUUGUGUCCUCUUCCCUCUCAGGAUUACUCUGGCCAUCAUCGGCCUCUCGUGGCUUGUGAUUGGAACGACUCUAGUUGGAUUUCUGCCUGAGAACAGUGUGAAGUACUGGCUGAGCGAAGUUGUCCACCUGACCUGCUACAGGAUCUGUGCCCGGGCGCUGUCGGCCACCAUCCGCUACCACAAUAAAGAGAACCGACCUCAGAAAGGAGGGAUCUGCGUGGCUAAUCACACCACGCCCAUCGAUGUGGUGAUCCUGGCCAAUGACGGCUGCUAUGCCAUGGUGGGGCAGAUUCAUGGAGGUCUGAUGGGGGUCAUCCAGAGGUCGAUGGUGAGGUCGUGCCCUCAUGUUUGGUUUGAGAGGUCGGAGAUGAAAGACCGCCACGCGGUGACCAGCAGGCUCAGAGCUCACGUAGCAGCAAAGACCAAACUUCCCAUCCUUAUAUUUCCUGAAGGAACUUGUAUCAACAACACGUCGGUCAUGAUGUUUAAGAAGGGCAGCUUUGAGAUCGGAGGAACGAUCCAUCCCGUCGCCAUCAAGUACGACCCUCGCUUGGGUGAUGCUUUCUGGAACAGCAGCAAGUACAACAUGGUCAGCUAUCUGCUGCGCACCAUGACCAGUUGGGCCAUCGUCGUCAAUGUGUGGUACCUCCCACCCAUGACCAUACAGGAUGGAGAGGAUGCAGUCCAGUUUGCCAACAGAGUGAAAUCUGCCGUUGCUUGUCGGGGAGGACUGCUUGACCUGGCAUGGGACGGAAGCCUAAAGCGAGGGAAGGUGAAGGACGCGUAUAAGGAAGAGCAGCAGAAGAUGUACAGCAGGGUCAUCGUCAGGCAGAACAGCAUCAGUGCCACACACACCCGCAGAGACGAUCAAUCAUAAACAAUCAGUCACAGCAAAACUCGGUCAUCUGAUUUUAGACUUUACAGGACAGACCUGAAUGCCACAUCAGACUGUGGGUGCAGGACAGCAUCUCCACCAGCAGGAGGCAGCAUGACACAACACAAUCACCCAUCCAGCUGCUCAUCUCCUCCUCUUCAUCAUCAUCAUCAUCAGCUGCCAGGACUGAACUCUUCAUCACACAGAUGAGGAUGAUUUAUCAUCAUCGCUGUGUCUGAUUUUAACUUUUGUACAAACAUCUGAACCAAACUGACACUUUUGCUCACUGUUUAUUUCUCACAUGGACGAAGAAAUAUUUCAUCUGUGUGUCUACACACAACACACCAUAAACCUCUCACACACACACACACACACACACACACACACACACACACACAUACAGAUAAAUAAUCCACAUUUUUCAACAAAUCCCUUCUGCAGUAACAAGAAAAAUAAUAAAAGAAUCUAAACAGAGAUCGACAUAGUAAAGAAAGUAAACAUUAUUACAAUAUUACAACCUACCUACCUAUAUAUAUAUAUAUAUAAAAUAGUUUGUAAAAUGAAAAGAAAGAAAAAGGCAGAGGGAAAAUUAAACAAACAUCAAACUUUUUUAUGAUUAUUUUUAUAUUUGCCCACAUCAGAGAUGAUGUAAUGCAGGGUUGGGAUGAGGUCCUCACUGAGGUGAGAGGUCAGUCUACCUUUUCUUUCUUUAUUAAAAUAAUCAGAAUAUUUAGGAUCCAUGUAAUUAUUUUGUUAUUUGGAAUAAUACAAAAAUGUUUUUAAUUACAAACAUAAAUGACAAGACGUUUUGGGAGAAAAAAGAUUUAAAGGUUACUGCAAAAUGGACUCGAGUUCGAAGUAUUCGGGUUACUUUACUCCAGUAUUCCACAUGUGUUAAUAUUUUGUCACCUGUUAGCGGAGGUUAAAUGAGUCACGUGAGGCCGCGUCUGUACUUCAGAACCGACUCUGAGGUCCUCGCCUUGAGAGGGAGCCGGCAGGCGAUGUGUUUACUGUGACGGCGCUUUAAUAAAGAAAGCAGAGACUGUGAAA